AUGGAUCUUGACAAUGCUGCUGGUCAACCAGAAUGCCGUCUACUCCAGCUCCCGCCUGAGCUGCGCAAUCAGAUCUGGGAGCUGCUACUCAUACAGAACACGCACGCGACACGAACCUACCCGUCUCUGUGCGGCUCAAAAGCCCUUUCCGACAUGCCCGAGCAUAUCAGGCGGCGGCGGCGGUUUUGCGCAAACAUACUACAGACGUGUAAACAAGUCAACACAGAGGGCACGCCUAUCCUGUAUGGCGAGAACCUCUUCCAGGCGCACACCUCCCUCCUGACAGCGAUGCCUCGAUUCCUGGCGUACACCUACCCAGGCAAAGUCACCUUGCCUGAUCCUAUUACAGCCCCGCGAGUCGCGAAGCUGAUCCGUAAAUACUCCAUCCAUGUGCGCCUGGACACGGAUCCUCGGUUCUCUCGAAAGCAGGUCGAGGAGAGCUUCAGCGGUGUGGAAGAGCUCGAGAUUGAUGUGUUCCAGGCGAUGUACGGGAGCUGCGACUUUAGUGUGCUCAACCUGUUUGAGGACGUAAGAGGGGUGGGCAAAGUGAACAUCCAGGGCAGUUUGGGCGAUGGGAAAUACGCUGCAUGGCUUACGGAUCUGCUGCGACAACCAGUUGGGACCCCGGCUGUGCCGUAUACUGAGCAAUAUGUUGGGGGCAUGUGGAGCUGGGAUGCAUGGAGCAACGGGAACAGAUGA